GUUUGAAGAUCCCACACCCCCACUCAGAGACGCUACCCUGGUGGCAGCCUCCACUCACACUGCCGCUCAGACUUGUUUCGCUGGAAGUCGCUUUUGGCGAUGUUCAGAUUCCCACUGCUGUUUUGAUGGAUCAUACUUCAUGGAGUAUCUCGGUUUAGUGCAGACGACGUGGCUAAUCUCAGACUAGCCCCAACCUGCCAAGUGUCUGACCUGACUGACUCAAGUUUUAAACAUAACGCUAGCUAACAUCAGCCGGCUUCACAAUGUUAGUUAGCAAGGGAGAAACGUGAAACACGGUUUGGGAAACAUUUCGGUGGCUAGUUAGUUCAGGUACCGAGUCUUCGCUGAGUAUAGUAAUAAACUAGCAGGGUUAAGCUGCCACCGAUGUUCAGUUACAUUGACAAAGUCCACCGAGAUUGGGAAUCGCCUUGCGCUAGCGAGCAGCAGUAGGUUAGCUAGCCGCGGCUGGCUAGCUGACUUGUUAGCCUAGCUGUUAGCAGCGGACCUGGACCCGACGCCUGGCUGGUUGAUUACAUUCACGUUAUGCCUUAUCUCGCCGUUUGAUGGGGAUUUUAAGGAUUAUGAUGCCGCCCAAGUUCCAGCUCCUGGCUGUUUUGGCGUUUGGAGUGGCGAUGCUCUUUAUAGAGAACCAAAUCCAGAAACUGGAGGAGUCCAGAGCCAAACUAGAGCACACCAUUGCCAGACAUGAGGUGGCCAAAGUAGAGCAGCAUCGCAGUGAAGAUGUCGGGCGAGAGCUGUCACCACUGCCUGAAGGAGACGAUAUGGUCAUCAUCUACAACAGGGUGCCUAAGACAGCUAGCACCUCCUUCACUAACAUCGCCUAUGACCUGUGUGGGAAGAACCACUUCCAUGUCCUGCACAUUAAUACAACCAAGAACAACCCUGUCAUGUCUUUACAGGACCAGGUGCGCUUUGUCAGGAAUGUCACCUCCUGGAGAGAGAUGAAGCCUGGCUUCUACCAUGGCCAUGUAGCUUAUCUGGACUUUUCAAAAUAUGGGGUGAAGGGCAAACCAAUGUACAUAAAUGUGGUGCGAGACCCUAUAGAGCGCCUGGUCUCCUACUAUUACUUUUUGCGUUUUGGCGAUGACUACAGGCCUGGCCUUCGACGAAGGAAACAGGGAGACAAAAAGACUUUUGAUGAGUGUGUGUCAUCGGGGGGCUCUGACUGCGCUCCUGAGAAACUCUGGCUUCAGAUCCCCUUCUUCUGUGGCCAUCAUUCAGAGUGCUGGAAUGUGGGCAGUAGAUGGGCUCUGGAGCAGGCCAAGUAUAACCUGGUGAAUGAGUACCUGCUGGUUGGAGUAACUGAGGAGCUGGAGGACUUUAUCAUGAUCCUGGAGGCAGCUGUUCCACGUUUCUUCAAGGGCGCCACAGAGCUCUACCGGACAGGUAAGAAGUCCCACCUGCGGAAGACCACUGAGAAGAAGCCCCCCACCAAAGAGACCAUAGCCAAGCUGCAGCAGUCAGACAUAUGGAAAAUAGAAAACGAGUUUUAUGAGUUUGCACUGGAACAGUUUCAAUUUGUCCGUGCCCAUGCUGUAAGGGAAAAAGAUGGAGAACUUUACAUACUGGCCCAGAGCUUCUUCUAUGAAAAAAUCUACCCCAAAGUCAACUAAAGCCAUAGACGGAGACGGCGUGGCCCAAGCUGCACAGGGGGCUUUUAAGGACAAGCAAAGUCAAAGACACUGGGAAGAAGAGAGAAACAUGAGCGGGGAUGUUCACAUAGUGACAGUAAUUCUGGUGACAGUGGAGUUCAUUGCCUCUGUACUAAAACUUCCACUGGGACUAGAAGACAGAGCAAUGUUGUUAUGGUGCAGAAAAACCCCAUGUCUGACCGCACAAUGGUCUUUGCCGAAAAAUUGCACUGUUGCCUUUUUGGAUUCAACACUUAAUAGUUUAUUAUAGUGACACAAUGACAAUGAUAAUGGAUUUUGCUGUUUGACUCUGACAUUACCAGUUGGAAUUUCUGCUGAAAACGUGUCUGAAAUCUUGAUAUUUUAUUGCUGGUGCAGCUGCUGAGAAAACCCAGGAGAAUUAACUGUCAGUAUGGCUGGUGUGAGAAGGAAUUCCCUCUCAGACCAGGAUAAAACGGUAGCUGAGCGCAUCUCAAAACCAAAACACAAGCAGCCUUUUGGUUUAUCCAGUUUUACUUGUAAUGAGUUUGGUUUUCCAGGUGGGCUCUCAACAGGCAUUAAGAAAACCUCACCCUGUUAAAAAACAUUUAAACGUGUUUUGCUCAAGUCUGUUCCCUGACAAGUUUGAAGGGGAAAUAUGAAAUGCUGGUUGAGAAAAUUAAAUGACAUAUUACUGUUUUCUGCACUAUCUGUACAUUGUAAGUGCAUUGAUUAUUGUUUACAAAUAACAGAAGCGAUGAUCCAAUGUUUUAAAAAAGGAGCAUUAAGGCUGCAUCUGUACAUACUGUAUUUACAGGCAGUAAACAUAUAAUGUUUUUGGACCAAAUGGUUGUAAAGAAGAUAGACCUGACCAUUGCAUCCUUUGGUGCGUGACUUGAAAAGUAAUUUGUGAUCAUUUUAUAUCCCACACAGUCCUGAGUUUGUAGAUAUAUAUAACACAUCGUAUCAGUAUUUAUCACAAAUGUAGAGAUGUGCAUCCCUAUUUGUGCAUCUGACAGCCACUGCAUUUUUCUGUUUUUAGCCUGUGAGAGAAGCUGUUACAGCAGGAUUGUGUCAUAAAAGUGCUGGUUAAAAAUGAGCUGAAUGUUUGAAUACAGGGUUUACCAGAAAUGACACAUUUACAGAGUACUGACUUGUACUUGGUCACAGGGUCAUUUCCACCUGAGAGACAGACUUGAUAGUGCCUUUAUCACAACAUAUAGGACACAUUUAAGAAAUUUUUGAUAUGUUUCAAGUGAUUCCCAUCACCCUGUUAAUGUUUCCUCUUUUUAUUUGUGUAUUAUUUUGAUCUGGUGUUUGUUUCCUGAUGAUGUUUACUACAUACUAAUCACUUGCACAAUCUUAACAUAAAUGCUAACUGCAUCUAA